AGCAUCAGUGGAAGGAGAUGUCCCCGUCUAACUAUCUUCCAAAUUUCUUAUGACAUAAACCAUUCUGGAACAAUGAGAUGUUCCUGGCAGCUAGACUUAAAGAUGAAGGACAGACUAGAUGAGCUGAAAAAUAGAAUCAGUCAAGAUGAUUCCCUGGAAUUUGAUGAACAUUUUGCAUUUGACAAUCCUGCCUUUCAGGAAAAUGAGAAAAAUGAUAUGGACUCGUUUUUCCAGGAAAUUUCUGCUCUCUCUCUGGCCCUGAGAAAAUUAAGAGAAAUGUCUGAGACGAUUGAAAAUAAGCAAGAAGAGGUUCUCUGUAGCACAUCAGAGACCAGCAUUUGUGAAGGAAAAAAGAAGUUAAGUCAAAUGAAGAAUACCUUGAGUUCUGAAGCCAAAGUAAUCCAGUCUCAGCUCACUAAAAUGAAAGAGUCAUUGGAUCAAGACAACAGAAUCUGGCUGGCAGAACAUCGCAUUCGUCAAAGCCAGUUCACUGUCUUAACUAACAAAUACAGAGACAUUGUGACUCAACAUUAUAUCAAAGAGACAAAGUAUAUGGGGAAACUAAAAGAAAAGAUAAAGAGGCAGACGGAACUCGCUGGCCUGAAUCUUCAAGAGGAGGAAAUCGACCAAAUUAUAGGAAGUGCAAUGGUUCCACAAAUUGUUGGGAUGGAUUUGGAAAUUCUCAAAGCCAAACAAAACCUUGCAAUGGCACAAGAGAGACACAAACAGCUUAUGGAUCUUGAAGGCCAAAUUACAGAACUUCACACAAUUUUCUUACAGUUGGAAAUAUUAGUAUUAGAGCAACAAGAUAUUAUCAAUAACAUUGAGUACAAUGUGUUAAAUGCUAUGGACUAUAUAUCUCAAUCUACUGCCGAAGUCAAAAAAGCUUUAAAAUAUGAGAAACAAUCACGGACAGCGGCUGUCAUUUCUGCGCUUUUAGGAUUAUGUGCUUGUUGUACUUGUUUAUCUUGUAUCUCUGGAGCUGUGCGUUGAGUAUUUUAAUACAGGAGUCUGCACUGGGUUUUCUCUACAAAACAACUCUUUCAGCCCCAAUGUAUGCUAAUGGAUUUCAGGUGACCAGGCUUGUGUUCACAUAUGUGCAGGGCUGCGCAUCAAGUGGUCUAUAUGCCACUUUAAGGACACAACCCUAAUGUGCUAGCAAAAAAAGAAUUUCUUUCUCGGUGCUGUUUUACUUAUCUUAUUAUUUAUAAACUAUUUUCAUGUCAAACUCAAAGACCCUUGAAGGCUUGCAGAUUUAAUUUAUCACAAUUUAUUAGAUCUUGUUCCAAAGCUCAUACAUUCUCUCUCAAAAAUAGUACUUGUCAGGUUCAGUGUACUUUUCAGAGAAAACAAAACUAAAGUGUGGACUUGACCACUUGCCUCUUCCUCCGUUUUUAUUCCAUAACUGAACAUGAUGAAAAUGUAUUAGCUAUCUUGAAUUUUAUUUAUGAUUUAACUAUCCAGGGCUUGGACAAAUGCAGCUGCAUAAAAUGAACAAUCAUGGAAAUAUAACUGCUGUAUUUAAUGCAUAUUCUCUCACUAACCUCUUCUUUUUUUACAGGAAGGUUUCUUUAAUUUAUUUAGAAAAAUGUAUCAGUUAAACGACCAGCAUAAUGUUUACAUAUCAUUCAUGUUUUUUAUUGUAUUAUAUAUAAUAUAGUUAAUAUAAAUAAAAUAUAUUUUAAAAGUG